GUAAAGAUUCACGGGGAUAAUAGUGAAAUUAUCGUCAACCCCGCAACAGAACCUGGAGAGCUAGAUUUCAAAAUCUGGGUUAAGUAUGGUAACAGCCAGCCAACUCGAAUUCUUUUGAGGGAGACCAUGGACGACUUGAAAGAAGCGAUCAAGAAGAAAUUGUUACCUAAGUUGGAUGAUGUGACAGUCGAUGAUAUUACUAUCUUGCGCAAUA